AUGGGGCCUGCUGACCUAUGGUGCCAUCGGUGGACAGGCAUCCUGCUGUCAGCCUCACUUCUGACCACAUGCAGUCCUCCAGCCUCUGCCCAGGCCACCUCCAGUGCCACCCAAACGGAGAAGGAUGUUGUUCUCGGUUUGGAGACCCCCUGGACAACCCAGCUUCACGGUAGAUGCAGAGAACCGCUGGCCAAGCCCACCAUUUCAGUGAACCAGGACACGGUCAUAGAGCAUAGGGGCAUGGUGACCUUCACCUGUAGCACCGCGGACGUCAAUGUCACCAUCCACUGGGUCUUCAACAGUCUCCCACUUGUGUUUAAUGAGCGCAUGCUGCUGUCUGAGGAUAACAAGACUCUCACCAUCCUCACUGUCCAGCGGGAGGACGCUGGGUCUUACCAGUGUGAAGUGUGGAGUACCCUUGAGGUCCAGAGUAGUGACCUCACCUUCCUGCAUGUGAACUCUGGUCCUGACUCCGUUGAAAUCAAGCUGGUGUCGGGUGUACCCAAUGGGGAGGUGGUUGAGGUACUGGAGGGCGCCACCAUGAACGUCCAGGUGGAAACGCAGUCUCGCCCCCACGCACACCUGGUAUCUCCCAGUGACUCGAUCUCACCUCCUACCACGAACACGAGCACGCUAACUGUCCAAGGCGUGUCCAAGGAGCAUGAGGGCAUGUACAGGUGCCUGGUAUCCAACAACAUCACCCAGCUGUCUCUCCUGGGUGCGCUUGAAGUUCGAGUCCUUGAAUUACUGACCCCACCUCAAGUGAGGCCCCCGAGUCUGCAUCUCAUGGAAAACGCAAGCUCUGUGUCCCUGACCUGCCAAACCAGCCACAAGUGGGUCAGCAUCCAGUGGUUUGUGGGUGAUCAGCCCCUCCUUCCCAGUGAGCACCUGGCACUGUCCAGCGACAACAAGACGCUGGUCAUCCAUGGCCUCCGGCGGGACGACACAGGGCCCUAUAAGUGUGAGAUAUGGCACAGGGGCAGCCAAGCUCGGAGUGACCCCCUCAGGCUGAACAUCAGCUAUGGCCCUGACCGAGUGAGCAUCACCAGUGGGACGGCAACCACAGUUGUCAGCACCAUCAAGGCGAGGUUCAACUCCAACCUGACCCUGCAUUGUUGGGCCGAAUCUGAGCCAGGCUGUGAGUAUAACUGGACCCUGGAGGCCUUCCCCUGGGUGCAUGUGGGAUCACAGCUGACCAUUGAUGUCCUGAGCUGGGAACACGAGGGGAACUACAACUGCACAGCCUUCAACGCCGUCACCAGCCUGGCCCGCUCUGCCUCCGUCAUGGUCAAGGUGGUGGGUCCCGAGUCAUCCUCCCUGUCUGCAGGGGUCAUCGCUGGCAUCAUUGUUGGUAUCCUGCUCGUCAUUGUCAUAGGACUGGGGUAUUUCCUGUACACCAGGAGUGCCCUAAGGCAGUCUUUGACUGGGGUCACACCUUAUUUCUCUGCUCACCUGCAGAUGGAACCACCUUCAGCCCUUGGAGGUCACUUUUCUAGCCCUGGAAAUCCAGCGCCAAACCCCCCGAUGCGUCCACCGGUCCGCUCUGUUCCAGAAGACAAUACAGAGACAGACUACGAGAUGGAACCACCUCCAGCCUUCGGAGGCCACUUUUCUGGACCCAGAAAUCCAGUGCCCAAACUCCAGAUGCAUCCACGUGUCCACUCUGUUCCAGAAGACAAUACAGAGACAGAAUACGAGAUGGAACCACCUUCAGCCCCCGGAGGCCAGUCUUUUGGCCCCAGAAAUCCAGUGCCGAAACCCCCAAUGCGUCCACCGGUCCGCUCUGUUCCAGAAGACAAUACAGAGGCAGAGUACGAGAUGGAACCACCUUCAGCCUUCGGAGGCCACAUUUCUGGCCCCAGAAAUCCAGCGCCCAAACUCCAGAUGCAUCCACCUGUCCGCUCUGUUCCAGAAGACAACACAGAAACAGAAUACGAGAUGGAACCACCUUCAGCCCCCGGAGGCCAGUCUUUUGGCCCCAGAAAUCCAGUGCCGAAACCCCCAAUGCGUCCACCGGUCCGCUCUGUUCCAGAAGACAAUACAGAGGCAGAGUACGAGAUGGAACCACCUUCAGCCUUCAUAGGCCACUUAUCUGGACCCAGAAAUCCAGCGCCCAAACUCCAGAUGCAUCCACCAGUCCGCUCUGUUCCAGAAGACAACACAGAAACAGACUAUGAGAUGGAACCACCUUCAGCCUUCAUAGGCCACUUAUCUGGACCCAGAAAUCCAGCGCCCAAACUCCAGAUGCAUCCACCAGACCGCUCUGUUCCAGAAGACAACACAGAAACAGACUAUGAGAUGGAACCACCUUCAGCCCCCAGCAGCCAUUCUUCUGGCCCCAGAAAUCCAGCACCGAAACCCCUGAUGCGUCCACCGGUCCACUCUGUUCCAGAAGACAAUACAGAGACAGACUAUGAGAUGGAACCACCUACAGCCCCGGGAGGCCACUCUUCUGGCCCUAGAAAUCCUGUGCCCAAACCCCGGAUGCGUCCACCGGUCCGCUCUGUUCCAGAAGACAAUACAGAGGCAGAGUACGAGGUAUUUUAUGCCAUGCUGAGUCUUUAG